GUUUUCUUUGCAGCUAGUCAGUCAUGUACUAAUCUGAGUGGAAACAUGGCCAGGUUCUAUUCUGUUGCCCCAGUCCAGCUGUUCUGGUACCUCACGGAGCUGUUCAAAGUGGCUCUGGCUGUGGACCAUGUUCCUAUGCUGCUCUGGUCAACUCAAAGCUCACUGUGGAAUUUAGAAACUACUUUACAUGAAGGACACAUUAUCACAAAGCAAGAGCUGCCUACAGUGCUGCAACCUAUUUUUACCCAGAGUUCCAAGAACCUUGUCUUGUUCCUUCAAGAUAUGCUUAGCAUAGAUGACUUCACAUAUUACAGUGAAUCCUAUGGCACCAAAAAGCCAUUUUACAAUGUGCAGGAAAUUCUUAAGUUUUCAUCAUCUUCUUUAAUUUUAUCUGCUGUUGACUCUGAGGCUGCUAGAUAUCUUUUGAACUAUCUUCUGGGAGUUGUGGAUUGGAAGUUAACAAAUAUAGAUAACCUCAAUGAUGCAUCAGAGAUGGAAGUGGAUACAUCAAGGUCCAACCUAUUUUUGAUAAAGCUACAACCAGGCAACAGAUUAAAUGACAUUUCUAUGGCAAAGAUUUUUGCAGCAAAUGACAAAGUAAUUGGAAGAUUGACUAUGAGUCUGCAAGAGCGAGGAAUUCAUUUUUCAGUAAUUUAUACUGCAAUGAGAUCUUCAAGGAUUCCCAGAAUAACCCAUGUGGCCUUGGAGUCGAGACGAAGAUUGAUGACUAUUGAAGUACCAGACUCCAUUCUGUACCCUCCACUCAAUGUGACCAAUGGAACAGAAACAUGUAUCCUUAUGUAUGCCAGUAAUUUCAGCCUUACAGCCAACAAAUCAGUUCAUGUGGAUCUGACAAAUUUUACAUUUGUAUCCCGUAAUGUGGACUUCAGUUCAUCAGCAUGUUCAGCCGCCAACACAACGUUGUCAUUAAAAUAUAGUAACCCAGUGGAUAACAUCAACAGCCUAGAAAUAAGAUUCCUAAUGACCAAGAAGUUCUUUGCAGGCUCUGCUCGAAACUGGUUUACUUUAGAGACUGUUGAAAUUGUACAGGACAACGGAAAGGUUGCUAGGUUUAAUGUCUCUGUCAUCUCUGCUCCUGCAGAGUAUUCAUUUCAUUGUCAGUUGGUGGGAACAAGCAAUCUCUACGGUGUAAAUCUGAUUCCAUCCAACAAUGAAGCAAAGAGCUGGGACAUUUUCAUUUCUGAGUUUCAGAUUCAAGGCUUCAGUGUUGAAAACAACCGGUUUUCCUAUGCAAGUGACUGUACAUCAUUCUUCUCCCCUGGAAUUUGGAUGGCCUUGGUGACAUCAAUAAUUUUAUUAUGGAUCUUGACCUAUGGUAUCCACAUGAUCAUGCAGCUCACCACAAACAGUAGAUUUGAUGAUCCCAAAGGGCUAGCUCUGUCAAUUCCUCAAACAGAAUAGCACUGGUUUAUUUUAAAGUGCCUCAACCAUUUGCUAUGAAUAGCAUGCGAGUUUUAGGUUCUUUCCACUUAAUAGUACGUGUACGUGGAGAAUCAUUGUUAGAAUAGUUUAGUAAAACUACACAAAUCUAAGUACUGAAAUCUUUCUUGUAAAAAUAAAUAAAUAAAGGGCAACACAAUAAUUCUGCUGUCUAUUACCCAUUCGUUAAUAAUUGCUUGAGUUAAAGGUCUGAAACUAAUAGUAGCCAUGGAUCUCACCAGCCACAGAAAAGGUCAGUAAGUAGUGCUUAUUGCUGUUAUAUAAAGGAUGUCACUAAAGUUCUUUGAGACCUUUUGUUGUUUUUAAAGAAUAUAAAGGGUCUAUGCUGAAACUUCUAAGUUUUUCCAUAACUAUAAGGAAUAUCGCAAAGGAUGCUAAUUAGGCAAGAGGCAAAAAGAUGAAGAUGCUAGCAGCAACUUCUGCAGAGACUUUGAUGUGGUGGGUGGAGUAACAGCUAGGAAAAGUGGUAGAGGUGCAGAAAUGAAAUGGAAGCAUGUUUUAGAAAUCAUCUGCUUUUUAAAAGAAGGCACCAUUAUUCACAUUACACUCCAGAGGGGGCAGAAACUACCAAACAGCUACUUGUAAAUUACUGCUCAAUAGUUAAAUGAAAGCAGAAAUAUUAAACUUCUUCAAUGUGUUCUAACAUGACCAAAUGUUCCACUGCAGGCAAGCCCUUAAAGAUAAUUUUGAAAAUUUUCUUACCUCUCCACCUUUUUAGCUAUCCAGCUAAUAGUUUGGGAUAACCCUGAAGAAAAAUGACAUAACAUUACCAGGAAGUCACUGUGCCAGUGAAAUAUUUUAGUUUGAUCAUUCCUAUGAUGAUCCUGAUCAGAGGUGUCAAAGUUCUGGCCCAUGGAGCUGUAUCACAUAGCCCACAGGGCUCCUAAAGGGUCUGUGAUUUUAGGGAUGGGAUGAGCAGGUGCAGGAGCAAGGCCUACCACUGAAUUCUACUGUACACAGCCCCACUGGGACCUGCAGCAAUGGUGGAGGAUGAGAAACAGCUGUGUUAAGCCUGUGGUUCCCUGGUACCACUUGCCCUGUUACCACAACUGACAGAUCCAGCCUAGGGGACCAAGGCAGUUUGACAUCACUGAUGCAGAUGACUUUAGAAGUCUGAGCCUGUUCAGGCUGAAUGCAUAUGCAGGUACCAUAACUACUAUAUCCUCUCUCCAAUCAAGCUGACUACUGACCUAAUUCCUAAACUAUACAAAAACUCUUUUGUCUUCAUUGAAAAUGAAGUUCAAGUCCAUGUCAAGUUUGAUGUCUGAAUGCCUAACACAGUGAUAUUCAAAUCAAAUCAACCAAUUUUUGUUAAAACUUUUCACAAAAAGUUCAAUUUAUUGAACUUAUAAAAUUGAAAUUUAUAAUUUUGUAAAAACAUUUUGAAUUCCAGUAGGCAAAUCAAUUAGUGGGUUAGCACUUUCACUUUUGUUUUUGUGAUAAUUUUGAUAUGAUUUGUGUAACAGUUGUCAAUGGACUUGAAAGAUGCUGACUCCCUGUUAUAUGAAUCCAGACUUAUGUAACCUUGGCCCAUGUAUAUAAGCCAAGAAAUAAAGAACAGUUUCUUACUAUCA